AUUGUUUUGCUGUGAACGCGUGUGAUUUCUUUUUAAUAAAAGUUUAAUAAAUUGCUUUAAAUUAAACUAAGUAAUUUAGUGAGUGUAUAAAAUAGAAAUUAUAAAUAAACAUUAAUAAUGUUGCGUAAAGUUCCGCUAAUUGUAAUACUCGGUUCAACGGGUACGGGUAAAACAAAAUUAUCAUUAGAAUUGGCAGAACGUUUUGGUGGCGAAAUAAUCAGCGCCGAUUCAAUGCAAGUUUAUGCUAAUUUAGACAUUGCAACGGCCAAAGCCACCAAAGAAGAACAAUCACGAGCCAAACAUCAUCUGUUGGAUGUGGCAACACCAAAUGAACCAUUUACAGUGGUGCAUUUUCGCAACAAAGCGUUGCCAAUUAUAGAACAACUUUUAGCUAAAUCCACAACACCCAUAGUGGUGGGUGGCACCAACUAUUAUAUAGAAUCUUUGCUGUGGGACAUAUUGGUAAGUCCCACAGAGUCUUCAAGUAUUGAAGACUUGUGUAGCUUGCCACCAGCAACUUCUGUGGCAACAGACGCCGAUAUCACAAGUGACGAUCAUGAUGACAUUGUUGCCACAGUGUCUGGGAAUGUGGAAAAUUCGUCAUUUAUACCUGCUGCAACAAUGUUAACAAUGUCUUCGGAAUUGUUGCAUAACCAUUUAAGGAAUAUUGAUCCAGAAACAGCAAAUCGUAUACAUCCAAAUAAUAAACGUAAAAUAAUGAGAGCCAUUGAAUUCUAUCAACAAACUGGUCAAACGUUGAGUUCAAAAUUAAAUGAACAGCGAGAGCAGCCCGGUGGCAAUCGUUUGGGAGGUCCUCUACGUUAUCCGCAUACGAUCUUGUUUUGGCUAAGAUGUAAUCAGGAUGUAUUGAACCAACGCUUAGACAAACGUGUUGAUGCCAUGCUGGAACAGGGUCUACUACGUGAAAUACGAGCAUUUCACAAUGAACAUAAUGUGAACAAAAGUAUUUCGGGGAAUACUAGUGGCACAACCACCACAUCAUCAUCAUCAGCAGCCGCAUCAACAUCAUCAUCGUCGUCAACUUAUACUAAGGGCGUAUUACAAACGAUUGGAUUCAAAGAAUUUAUACCUUAUUUAGAGCAAUUUAAUGCGGCAAAUGAUCAAAAAAUUGAAACGUACUUACAGGCGAAUGCGUAUAAAAUGCCAACAGAAGAACAAUUCAAAUCAUAUGCUGGUUCAAUAAACGAAGUACAUCCCACUUCAAGUAACAUUAAAGACAACGACGAUGCUCUAAACUUGAACGUGACUAAAGAUCAUAUGCCCCCAGGGUUGGAUGUUUUAAACUCUUGUCUAAAUGAAUUGAAAUUAGUAACACGCCGUUAUUCGAAAAAACAAAUCAAAUGGAUUAAUAAUCGUUUUCUGGCCAGCAAAGAUCGUCAAGUUCCCGAUCUAUAUGAAUUGGAUACUAGUGAUGUUAGCCAGUGGCAUCAAAGGGUUUCUUCCCCGGCUGCCACCAUAAUUGACUGUUACCGCAAUGGACAAGUGUGUGAAAUCGAGCCGAUGCAGAAGAGACAACAUCCGGGAGCGGGUUUGAAUGAGGAGACUUCAAACUUCUGCUCGAUAUGUGAGCGCCAUUUUGUGGGCGAAUAUCAAUGGUACUUGCAUUUAAAAUCCAACAAGCACAAGAAGCGCAAAGAGGGUCUCAAGAAAAAAUCUAAAAUACCUACCGCUACAGAUACAAAUCCUCAAUAAGAUUUGAAAACCCAAUGAAACACUAAACACAUUGGAGAAUAUUUAAUAUUUGUUGCAAAUAUUAAAUUAAAUACAUUUUUUUCAGAUUUAUUGUCGAUUUUUUGUUUUGCUUUUCUUUACAAUUAUUGUAUAGUUUUAU